UGAAGUAAAAGCAUAAAUAAAGUGUACAAAAUGCUGUGCCCAUGGCAGUUUGCAUUCAAGCCUCGUGUUGUUAAGAACCAGUCCUCUGAAGAGAAGGAUAUCAAUAAUAACGUGGAGAAAGAUACGAAGUUCCAUGGCUUUGUGAAAGAUGAUGCCAAAUUACACAGUCUAAGCAAGAAGCAGAUAGAGAUGUCACCUAUAAUCACUUCAGCGGAGAAACCCCCACAAAAUGGUAUCAAAGCUUCAAACCAAAUAUCAAGAUGUCCUAGACAUGUAAAAGUAAGGAACUUGGAAAAUGGAUCCAGCCUUCUUGACACAUUACACCUGACAGCAAAGGAGGUUAUCAAUUGUCGGACCAAAGCUUGCCAAGGAGCACUCAUGACCCCAAAGGGCCUGGUGAGAGGCACUAGAGAUGGGCCAGUUCCUCCAGCAGAGCUUCUACCUCAGGCAAUAGACUUUGUCAAGCAGUACUACAGUUCAUUUAAAGAGUUAAAAAUAGAAGAGCACCUGGCCCGACUAGAAACAGUGACCAAAGAGAUAGAAACAACAGGAACCUACCAUCUGACAAAGGAUGAACUGAUAUUUGCUGCCAAACAGGCCUGGAGAAAUGCUCCGAGGUGUAUUGGGAGAAUUCAGUGGUCCAAUCUACAGGUAUUUGAUGCACGUGAUUGUAAAACAGCCAAGGAAAUGUUUGAAUAUAUCUGUCGCCAUAUUCAGUAUGCCACAAACAACGGAAAUAUAAGAUCAGCCAUCACCAUCUUCCCUCAGAGGACUGAUGGGAAACAUGAUUUCCGUGUUUGGAACAGCCAGCUCAUCCGAUAUGCUGGAUAUCAAAUGCCAGAUGGGUCUGUCAUAGGAGACCCUGCAAGCGUGGAGUUCACAAAGUUGUGCAUUGAGCUUGGGUGGAAGCCGAAAUAUGGCCGCUUUGAUGUAGUUCCACUCAUUCUCCAAGCAAACGGCCAAGAUCCAGAAAUAUUUGAAUACCCGCCAGAGAUUAUCCUUGAAGUGCCAAUGGAGCAUCCAAAAUAUGAAUGGUUUAAGGAGUUGGAUCUGAAGUGGUACGCUCUGCCUGCUGUUGCCAACAUGCUCCUUGAGGUGGGAGGCCUGGAAUUUACUGCGUGUCCUUUCAACGGCUGGUACAUGGGAACAGAGAUUGGAGUGCGAGACUUCUGUGAUGUACAGCGGUACAAUAUCCUGAAGGAGGUUGGAAGAAGAAUGGGACUGGAAACCAACAAACUUGCAUCAUUGUGGAAGGACCGAGCUGUUGUAGAGAUAAAUGUGGCUGUGCUUCAUAGCUUCCAGAAACAAAAUGUUACUAUCAUGGAUCAUCACUCAGCUGCUGAGUCCUUCAUGAAAUACAUGCAGAAUGAGUAUCGUGUGCGAGGAGGCUGCCCAGCUGACUGGGUGUGGAUUGUACCUCCUAUGUCAGGGAGCAUAACUCCUGUGUUCCACCAGGAGAUGUUGAACUAUGUCCUCACUCCCUUCUUUUACUACCAGGUGGAUGCAUGGAAAACACACAUCUGGCAUGAUGAGACCCGUAGGCCAAAGAAAAGAGAAAUAAAGUUGAGCAUUUUGGCCAAGGCUGUACUCUUUGCGUCAUUGCUGCUGCGAAAAACAAUGGCAGCCAGGUCCAAGGUGACUGUGAUCUAUGCAACAGAGACUGGGAAAUCAGAAACAUUAGCCAGCAAUCUGUGCAGUUUGUUCAGCUGUGCCUUCAACACUAAGAUUCUGUGCAUGGAUGAGUACAACAUCAGUGACUUGGAAAAAGAAACACUACUUUUAGUGGUUACCAGCACUUUUGGAAAUGGAGAUUCUCCAAAUAAUGGAAAGACAUUAAAGAACUCCUUGCUCACCAUGAAAUUGCUGAGAAGAAAAAUUAGAUAUGCUGUGUUUGGCUUGGGGUCCACCAUGUAUCCUGAGUUCUGUGCCUUUGCUCAUGCCAUUGACCAAAAACUGUCCCAACUGGGGGCUUUGCAGCUCACUCCAGUGGGUGAAGGAGAUGAACUCAAUGGUCAAGAAGAAGCCUUUCGCACGUGGGCGGUCACUGCAUUCAAGACUGCCUGUGACAUUUUUGAUAUCCGUGGGAAAAACAGUAUUCAGUUACCUGAGUUAUACACAUCAGAUGACAACUGGAAUCCUAAGAAACAUAGGAUAGUACAUGACUCUCAAACCAUGGACUUGACUAAAGCACUGGCAGACAUUCAUGCAAAGGAUAUAAUUCCCAUGAAGCUGAAAUUCAGACAGAAUCUUCAGAGUUUCAAAUCCAGUCGUGUUACCAUUCUAGUUAAGCUUUCCUGUGAAUCUAAUCAGGAAGUGCACUACCUGCCUGGAGAACAUAUUGGGAUUUUCCCAGGCAACCAGCCAGAAUUAGUCCACAGCCUCAUUGCACGUGUUAAGGAUGCCCCUGCAGCUGAUCAGACUAUCAGACUUGAAACCUGUACUGAGGGUGGCUAUUGGGCAAGUGAGAAAAAGAUUCCAGCUUGCACGCUCUCCCAGGCUUUGACAUAUUUACUUGAUAUCACUACUCCACCCUCCCAACAACUUCUAAAAAAACUCUCCCAGCUGGUAACAGCGGAAGGAGACAAACAGAGACUGGAAGUUUUAUGUCAUAGCACAGAAGAAUACAAUAAAUGGAAAUUUUACAACAGCCCAAACAUCCUGGAGGUCCUGGAAGAGUUUCCUUCUGCUGAAGUUUCAACAACUUUCUUACUGACUCAGCUGCCACUUCUGAAACCCAGAUACUACUCUGUCAGUUCCUCCUGUGACAUGACACCCAGAGAGAUUCAUCUGACGGUUGCUGUGGUAAACUACAGAACAAGAGAUGGACAAGGGCCAUUGCACCAUGGAGUCUGCAGCACGUGGCUGAACAAAAUAGCUCUCAAUGAAACAGUCCCUUGCUUUGUGCGCAGUGCUGAUGGAUUCCAGCUCCCAAAGGAGCCAGCCAAGCCAUGCAUUCUUAUUGGCCCAGGAACAGGAAUUGCUCCAUUCAGAAGUUUCUGGCAGCAGCGUCUCUAUGACUUGGAAAAGAAAGGGAUCAAAGCUGGUGACAUGAUAUUACUGUUUGGCUGCCGGCAGCCAGAUAUGGAUCAUAUCUACAAAGAAGAAGUUGAAGAAAUGAAGAGGAAAGGAGUUCUGAAAGAAGUUUUUACAGCUUAUUCCAGGCAACCUGGUCAACCUAAAGUUUAUGUUCAAGAUAUUCUUCAAAAUGAGUUGGAAACCAAAGUGUGUAAUAUCUUGCAUAAAGAGGAAGGGCAUCUGUAUGUCUGUGGAGAUAUACGCAUGGCCAGAGAUGUUGCUCAGACUUUGAAGAGGAUCCUUGUAAAAAACCUGGACCACACAGAGAAGCAGGCAGAAGAGUAUGUCUUCCAGCUAAAGAGCCAAAAACGAUACCAUGAAGAUAUAUUUGGGGCUGUGUUCCCACAUGAAGUCAAAAGAACAUAAGAGAUUUGCAACUCGUCAGUCCAGACAUGAACCAACAGAUACUGAGCUGGAAUCCAGUGAAGGAUUUGACGCUCAGAAGUCAACAGUGUCAUGUAUAUGCAGUGUGCUUCACGUGUACUUCAGGACAGCUUUAAACAUAAGAUGAGAAAUGAAGCGUAGUUGAAAGGCUGUGGGCAGUGAUGGUGGAGAACAGAAAGUGUUGGACAGCAGAUACACAGACAGGACAGAGGAGGUUCAUAGCAAGUAUGUGAAUGUUAUUUCGUACUUCAACAAAUUCUUUGCUUCUGAAGUUUUGAGGCAGGAUGGGUGUAGAAUGAGGUAACUUCUAUCUCCAUCUGGAAAGUUCUCAGUAAGCCCAGGACUUGCUGAGUUCUGGACUUCAAGUAAGUCCAACAUAGGCAACAGAAGUAAGUUCUAUAUUUUGAAGUGCAAGUGUGCCUUGCACUUUCAGGAGGUGUAUUACAGAGCAGUGCAUUUGCCAUGUGUUUAACAAAAUAGAUAUAUUUUCUUGCCAGGAGUGCUGGUGAAGUGGUCCCCUCUGGCUUUAGGGUUUAAAAUGCAAUUGAGUGUUACAUCACAGCUGCCUGGAGCUCUGAAUGGUCUCUGUGCUUGAGUUUGUCUUCACUGAGAUGGGAAUACUUGUUGACUGAGGACAGGAGGAGGAAGGGAAGCUUCUGUUGCUUUUCAGAGAAAAGCAAUUCUUGGACUAUUCACUGAUGAAAGACAAAUGCUUUAAAAAUAAAAAGAAUUCCAAAAUCUUAACUAAGAUAUAAACAAAUGUAAUUGUAACAAAAAUGCACAAGUCAUAUACUGUGUUGCACAAAUCCCACGUUAGGAUGUGCUCUGAGGCUUUCAGCAGGAGGCAAGUGAUGAUGCAAAUGCCUCUGGGCUGGGUUAGAUGCUCUUCUUUGGGAAAACACAUUGCCUCAGGUUGGUGGGAGCUGUGCUGCACUGCUGGGAUGUAAUACAGCCAGUCAACAGUGAGCUUCCCUUUGCAGCUGGUGGGAUGUAACCUUCGUGCUUGAGGUUUAGGGUUUGGUUUUUGUUUUUGUAUUUAAAUACAUGACCUUGUCCUUCAAGUUUAAUUGAUAAUUACAUUCAUUAUUUCUUUUUCUUUCUAAAAAGCAAGAAAGCUCAACUUAUCUGAAGGCUUUUACUGUUUGUGUAUGAAAGAUCUAGAUAAGAUGGAUGAAAUGUAAAGCUGUGCUUUAAAGUGCACUGUCCUUUUCUCUGCAGGGCAGUACAAGGCUGUUGUUAUUUUUGGAGUAAAGCUGUUUGGCAGCAGCACAGUGACCCUGGGGUUAACAGAUUAAUUAACGCACUGCUGUGUAGUGUUGGCUGGAGCUGGGGCACACACAGGGGAAGGACAGUGGGCUCUGGGGCAGGAGGCAGCUCCCUCUUCUGUGGCAGUGUGUGGCUGCAGGUGGGCAGCCUUCUUGCAGCUGUUGGUGUCUGAUCAGCGCAGGUUGAGUCCUGUGGUGAUGUGGGUGUGAGUGUUCCUGCUGCUUCCUGGCAGCACAGGGGGAUGAAUUCCUCCAAAAUCAAACUGUGUGGGGUGCCUUUGUGGUGAGCUGGGAGCUAAGGAGGAGAAGAGCUUUCAGCAAGAUAACGUUAAGAUCCCUUUUUUCUGAAGCUCGUUGUGUGGUAACUGAUUGACCAGAUCCACCAAGAGCUCUGCUCAGAGCUCAGGCCCUGCUGUGCCCGCUUGGCUUUGCAGAGCAGCUCUGAAGUGCUGAACUGGCCCAGCCUUGCUCCCAGCAUAGUCUAAUGCUCUGAGAAAUGUCAGUGCUAGUGUUCCUCAAGCCAGGUAACUUGGCUCAUCGUAGCAGGUGGGAAAGCUUUCUGGUGCGUGCUGAGCAGCUGCAGUGAUGUUGGGGCUGUGAGGAGGUGAUGGGACCUGGAAUUGUGCUGUGGGACAGGUAGUUGCUGAGAGAGGGUACUGGGUUCUCACUGCCAUCGUGGUGCUUUUUGAUGCCAUUUGUGGUGAGAAUCCCAAUGGUUAUAGCAAAAAGGAACUUGAACAGCAUCUCAGUUCCAUCUAUUAAACAAGUUGAAGAAAGUUUGCCAGCUGUCCUGCAGCUGUAGGGCUUUUGCAUUUGACUUGUAAGAGGAAACAAAAUGAUCCUUGUCUGCAGGAAAGGUGCAUGGUUAGAAUAUCAGCAGGGCAGAUGUCAGUGAUAGCUCAAAGCAAACCUGCCACAACUUGAGUCAGUGUAGGGAAAGGGGCUGAUGGGCGUGACAUAGUGCUUGUUUAUGAGUUCUUGCUAUCACAAACAAGGCUCCAAAACCAAUUUUUAUUCCUCCCAGGCUGGGCUUUGCGGGACUACAAUAACUGAGGAAAAAAAG